UAUUAACCUUCAUUCUACACCAAACUAAAAUCAAUGGUUAACCUCAAAACUUGUUUUAGGGCGUAUUAUAAAGAUUGUUAAAAUUUCUUAAAAUAUGGAAUCACAAAUUGAAGUAUUAAAUAGCGAUGAUAACGCAGCUAAAAAAGAAAUUCUUAAAGAUCUAAUAGAAAAGUUUUCAGAUCAAUUUAAUUUCCCAGCUUUAGAUGAAGACAACACGAGAGUAUCAUUAUGGAAAGCACUGUAUCACAUUUUAAAAGAUAAAGAACAAGGGGAUUUACACCAAUUUUGUUUGAUAAUAAUCCGAUUAUUAAGUCGUGAGAAAAAAUUUUUAAAUGAACUUGUUUCAACGAACAUUUUGGUGUUAAUAUUAGCAAUGGGGGGGUUGGGAGGAGAUAAUAAUACUGUUGUUUAUAACGAUAAGCUCAUCGAAGGGCUAAAAGCUUGUUGUAAUAUUUUGUUUAAUGCUAAUAUUUCUAGAGAGGUUUGUUUAAAACAUGGUGUUUUGGAGGGUAUUUUUAAACGGGUUAAACAUUAUCACGAGAAUGAGAUUCCGAUCGAUGUUAAAAUCUUAGAUAUGAAGAUUUUAUUUAUUUUAACGGCGUUACAAAGUGAUAGUCGAGUCAAAAUUAAUAAGAAAUUUAAUGGAAUUGUUGAACUUAUGGGAGUUUUAGGGAAAGCAUUUGAAGAUUUUCGAAAUAAUGAAGAAUUUAAGGUGAUUAUAUUUAACAAAAAUAAUUGAAGACGCGAGUGGAUGAAGGUGCUAUGUAACACGGGA